GGCUCAAGUCAGCGUAACGAAGCGCAUGCUAAUACUAGAUGUAGCAUGAAUCAAUGGUGGAUUCUUGGGCUGCUGUGCAAGGUUUGUGCGCUGAAGCUUCAUGGGCCGAAUUGCCACAUCUUCACCAUGUGGAACUAUUCACGCCCCGUCCCUGAAUACAUCCACCUGAACCUUCAAAGUUGGGAACGCGCAUCAGGGGGACGUUGUGGAAAGCCAAUCUUGGUAAAUCGGACCAACGUGAGACAGUGGAUACCUGACGCCCCCGAAGAGCUUUUCCGCAUUCCGUAUGAGGCUGCUGAGUCUGAUGCAAUACGAUAUGCCCUGCUAUACCACAACGGCGGGAUCUACAUGGACACAGACUUUUUGGCAAUCGACAUGAGCUCCAUCGUAGACAAGGUUGGUGAUCAUGACAUCAUUGGGUACACGGUGGAGGAUCAAAGCUUCAAGAAGGGCCAGUUCAGUUCCAAUUUCCUCGCUGCCAAGAAGGGCAGUGUUGUCAUGGGAGCAAUCUGGAAGGCUCAGAAGGAACGCAUGCAGCGACAUUGCCAGCAGGACAUUAUUCCAAAGUCUGGCAUGUGCUGUUAUGAUGACCCAGCUCGACCAUGCUCUGUUCGAUGGGCAGGUCUUGGCGAAGGUAUUUCGCAUCCAGCGGUCCUUGAGCUGCUAAAGAGCAAUACAUCAUUCAAAAGCCACAUGUUUGAAGGACCUGACAGCUUUGUUCCAGACGGGCUGGUGGAAGUGCUGAAAAAGACCAUGACCGUGGGCGACGCAACAGCGUACUGGAAGAGGCGAAACGUCACGAACCCAUUCUCUCGAAGAUUAUACCAUCUUUUCAAUUCACAGGGAUUUGCCGAUGCAUAUUCUUGCUACGAUUUGACGGACGACAACAGUACCGUUGCUGGUGCUUUGUACAAGCAGAGCAAGGUCAAGCGAUCGAUUCUUAGCCACACGGGUCCAUCGCGGAAAUGCGCAAACGACGGCGGACUGUGCCAAUGCAAUGGAGUUGUUUUCUACGGUCGCAGAUUCACUUGCGGUGGCACAGCGGAGAUGGACCUGGACUCCAUGCUGCGCACUCAGCACGCGGCGAAGGAAGUUGAAUCGAGCAUCAGGUGUGGUGAAAAGGAAUUUGGAGGUGACCCGCUCUACGGCGUGGCCAAGCAUUGUAUUUGCUCCAACCCGGCAAAGGUCAAAUGAAUCUCUCGAUAUGUGGUUUUGCAGA